AUGUGUGUAAUUGAUGAUGCAAACCCAUCAACAGCUGUCACAUACGAAUGGAAUAGUCCAAGCGGUACCAUGAACACUCAAACUAUUACCAUACCAACUGUAACCAACUUACACAGUGGGCAGUACUCGUGUACUGCUACAAAUAUAGCUGGCCCGUCAAUUAAAGCAACAAAACAGAUUGAUGUGCAUUAUGGUCCAGUGAUAUCAAAUAUUUCAAACCAGCAAGAUAUUAAAGAGGGGAACAACCUGAUAGUGUCUCCUAUAGUUGAUGCAAAUCCAGUGCCCAAGUUGGUAUGGUGGACAAAACAGAAUGAUCCAAUCUUCAGAUAUGAUGGCUUCGUACUUAGAAUAAACAACAUAAACAGAAAGUCAAGUGGAAACUACUCGUGUUACGUAAUGAACACACUGGCACCAUCUGGGAUGUCGGAAAUAAACAGAACAACUCAACAGACGUUCUCCGUAAACGUAGUAUUUAAACCUUUUCUAGACAGCACUAAACCAUAUUCUCCUGGACAUGUUACUGCAACAAUAAACAGCACUCUUCGAUUAACAUUAACAGUAAAUGCUAACCCGGUACCAACUAUAGAAUGGACAUUCAGGGCGGACAAGGACUGGAAUACCUGCGAUUUUGUAACGAUAGUGUCCAACGCAAUUAGCAAUGAAUUCUUCACUUCGUCAUCAGUAUUGAUCAACAAUAUCAACAGCAAUAACUUCGGCGACUAUGUUUUUACAGCUAGAAAUACAGCUGGCGUUUUCUCUCGAAGAUUUGUUGCAAUGGAAGAAGCAUUGUUAAGACAAGAGAUGUUCGCAAGCACAAAAGAGAAUACUGGCAUGUUCUUGGCAGGAAUAGUAACCUUGGUCGUCGGUUUGUUGAGCCUUAUUUCAUCAGUUCUUUUUGUUGUCCGGAACAGACUAAAGAACAAAACAAUUGAAUCUUCCAAAACUGACCAAUAUAGUGAUGUACAAAGAAGCAAUCCUGCAUUUACAGAUCCAUAUACUACGUUACAGUGUGAUAUAGGAGCAAGAGCACAUCAAGAGCAAAUGACUAACACUUAUGAAGAAUGUGGUAUAAUUCGUGAGGCACAGGCAAACAAUUCAAUAGACAACAUGAAGUCUGAACCAAGUCAAUCUCAACAACAUGGUGUUAAUACAUACGAGGAAUAUGGGAAAAGAAUUGAAGCACAUGCCUAUGAUACCUUAAACAAAUAAAGCCAGCCCAAGAAGACAUCGAAAAAAGUAGCAGGUGUUUGAUAUUUAAAUAUCUACAUAUCUUAUAAAUUGAAUUGAGUUUUUUGUACAAAUGUUUAUUACAAUAUAUUGGACAAUUUUGUUAAUCUCCGAUUCUGCUGAACAAUGUAUAUUUUAAAUCUCAAAACAUCGUGUCAAUAUGAGGUAAAUGUUUAGUCGCCAUAAUAACCUGAACUUAAUAACUCUUGUUUGUCACUUUACCCUUUUUAAUUCCAUCAUAUAGUACUGUUUUGUGUUAUAUAAUACAAGUUGAUAUGUUAUGGAUAAUCUAUUAUUCGAAAAUUAUUUUGUACUUCUGGGUUGUUUUUGUCUCACACAGUAAAUCUCCCAAUUUGCAGAAGUGAAAUUAAUAAAUGGAUUAAUAUUCAAGAACAUAGCACUACUGUUUUUUCCAAAACUGGUCGAAACCAGU